UUCCAGACAUUUUUGGAGAAGCUCGAGAACAAAAUUUUACAUUUCCCGUGGAUAUUAGUGGAUGGAGGAUCGAACCACCGCCACUCCUUGCGCUGUGUGACCCAUACGAGUUUACCGCUACUUGUAAAUACAAUAAUAAUAGUCUGAUAAUGCACGGUCAUGGGUUAUUUAACUGGUGGGGCUUCUCUCCUCCGGUUGACCUCAUUAACUACAUACAUAGUGAAGGAUGGUGCACAGGUGGUGAUGAUGUGCAGGUGGUUAUGGCAGGUGCAGGGGACCCACGACACCUGCUGCUGACACUUGCAAGGUGGAGGAGUAACAAUAGCAACUGCCGCCUCAGGGUGUACGUGUUGGAGGCGCAGGUGGAGGUGUAUGCCAGGUUGUUACUGCUGAUGGAUGCCAGCCUGCAGGAGGGCAUGGGUACGAGGGAGAGGUCCACCCUUCUCCUCGACCUCUGGGCUAACCUCUACCUCAGACCAAACUCAAGAAGCUACCUGGAGCUGACUGCUCGCAGACUCUCCAUAUCAGUGACUGAUGCUGCCCAGUUCCCGGUUCUCCUGGGCGUCAUCUCAGCGGGAAAGCUCAAGUACCGGGAGAGGGACGCCAUCGAGGCUGUCUGCAGGACCUGGUACACACUCACACACACCCAGUACGACCCGGCCCUCUGCUGGGACGUACGGUUGAGAAACUUACUGAAGACCCGCUACGACACAAGACAGGGGGAGGCAGACUGGGCCUGGUACAUGCGUCUAUCUCACCGCAUCCAGCACCUUCACCUCACACCCCAGGGGCAAGGCACUGCUGCUGCACCCCAGGGGCAAGGCACUACUGCUGCACCCCAGGGACAAGGCACUGCUGCUGCACCCCAGGGGCAAGGCACUGCUGCUGCACCCCAGGGCACGCCGCCAGGAGAUGGCUACGUUGCUGUGGGCUCUGGGUGGGGGCACGAGUUCCUCAAGUGGCGGGGGUCAGGACAUGCAUUCACAGUGGGCACAGAUGCUGCCCCACUCCUUCCUAACACGUCUCUAGCGUCAGUGGUGACAGUGUGUGAGGGCAUGAAGAAGCACCGUCGUCUUGGGUACUGGGGUGACCUGCUGACCGGGCCCUUCCCUGCCCUGGCUCUGGCCUCGAAUGACUCCAGGAUUAGUAUCACUCACAAUGGCACCAGCAAAUAUAGUGGAAGUGAAGUAGCCCAGUGGAACCUGGAGAGCCUACUGGAGGAGCUGUGGGCUCCACACCACCACGUGCAGGAGCACCAUCUAGUGGCGGAGCCUAGACUACUUCAGGAGCACCAUCUAGUGGCGGAGCCAAGACUACUUCAGGAGCACCAUCUAGUGGCGGAGCCAAGACUACUUCAGGAGGACCACCUAGUGGCGGAUCCAAGACUACUUCAGGAGGACCACCUAGUGGCAGAGCCAAGACUACUUCAGGAGCACCACCUAGUGGCGGAGCCAAGACUACUUCAGGAGGACCACCUAGUGGCGGAGCCAAGAUUACUUCAGGAGGACCACUUAGUGGCGGAGCCAAGACUACUUCAGGAGGACCACCUAGUGACGGAGCCAAGACUUCUUCAGGAGCACCACCUAGUGAGGAAUGAACCCAGGCUAGAAGAUGUCAUAAAACAAGUGGUAAUUACAGUGGAGUCGCCACAACACUUGAAUGAGACGCUAGUGAAGGGAAAGUCAGUAAAUAACAACGAACCUGUGAAAGAGAAAGUGGGAGAGAAGGAUAUGGAUACAAUACUAGUAAAAAUGAAUAACAAAAACGGAGAGAGGGAUUUAGAGACUGAUGAAACAGAGGAAAUCAUAAUAAACAAUAAUACAAGUGCAAAUGGGAAGAAAGACAAUAAUAACGCAACAUUUACACUGUUAAAUAAUACAUGUCAGGGGACAACUAAAACUAAUUCCCAAGUUUCUGACACUGUCGAGACACAUCAGUAUUCUUUCUCAACAAAUAAUAACAAUGAAACACAUAGCCAGACCAAAAACCUACAUAACAUCAGAAAUAAUGGGAAAGAGAAUGAUUCAGAAGAGAGAAGUGGUAAGAAGAGAGUAGAGAGGAGAAUUAGCGCCUGCUGUAGUUAUCUUAAACUAGAUGGAACACAGAUCAUUCUUCUCUCACCUACACGACUCGGUAAUCUUACAUCUCUGCCUGAGGUUGAAGGUGGUAUAGACUUAGUGUACCUGUCAGUAGCCAUGGCUCACCUGCUCACACCAUCACUACUGGAGACUCACCUUCGUCCUCACACUAAGUUAAUACUUGAGCAUGCUCAGAUGUUACCAGAGCUGACAGAUGAUGAAGUGAAGGAAUACGAGAGAAGGAUGAUAAUGGCAGCAUCUGAGGCUGGUUGGCAAAGUGCUGGCCCUCACCCUCUCUGCCAUUUGAGAUUUCAAAGAACCUGAAGCUCUUGUAUACUUUCUAUAGAGUAGGCAAAAAUAAAAGAAAUGAAGGCAUUCUUUUUUGUAUGCUACUCUUUUAUACUCUGCAGCAAGCAUCUUUGAUGAAUUAGUUAGAUGAAGUGCUAAACCCAUAGAGAUUGUACAGCACCUGGGAAUUAUUAUUAUAAUCAAGGGGAAGCGCUAAACCCGGAGGAUUAU